GCAGAAUAAACCAUUCUUUACAUCAACCUUUCAGUCCAGCAUAUAAAUACCAGGCUGCACCAAGCAGGGCCACAAUCAGUCAGUGGUUGCCUGACUAAACUCAAAAUGGGAAAGAUCAUCUUCUACGAGGACAAGAACUUCCAGGGUCGGCACUAUGAGUGCAGCUCCGACUGUGCCGACCUCUCCCCUUACUUCAGCCGCUGUAACUCCAUCCGUGUUGAGAGUGACUGGUGGGUGUUGUACGAGAGACCCAACUACAUGGGAUACCAGUAUGUCCUGAGAAGGGGAGAGUAUCCUGACUACCAGCGCUGGAUGGGAUUCAAUGACACAAUCAGGUCCUGUCGCAGUUACCCAUAUUACCGAGGUGGAAACUACAGGAUGAGGAUUUACGAGAGGCCUGACUUUGGAGGGCAGAUGAUGGAAUUCAUGGACGAUUGUCCCUCCGUCUACGAUCGUUUCCGUUACCGUGACAUCCACUCCUGUCAUGUGAUGGAUGGUUACUGGAUCUUCUAUGAACAACCCAACUACAGAGGCCGACAGUACUUCCUGAGACCCGGGGAAUACAGGAGAUACAGUGACUGGGGCGGCUACAGCUCAACCAUUGGGUCCUUCAGGCGCAUGAGGGACUUCUAA